AUGGACCAACUCCAAGCCCUCGUCGUCGAACCGCUCAAGCCGGUUCUGAAACCCAUCAGUGAUGCGUUGCCUGAGCCGGUGCACGAUACGAUCAUUUCCCUCAUCGGCGCGACCUGCCACAGCGCCCUUCUGCUCGACUUGGAUGUGAGCAAGGAUCCGCAAUGCACCUCGCUCGCCAUCUCCAAGGCCCUUGGCCUCGCCAUCGUAGGAACUAGCGCUAUCGUGAAGGUCCCUCAAAUCCUCAAGCUUGUGAACUCGCGCUCCUCAGCUGGCGUGUCCUUCAUAUCAUAUGCCAUGGAGACAGCCAGCCUGCUGAUCACACUGUCCUACAACGUUCGCCAGCGAUUCCCCUUCAGCACUUAUGGCGAAAGUGCUUUCAUCGCGGUGCAGGAUGUUGUCAUUGGGGUUCUCGUUCUAUCUUUCGCUGGCAAACCUGCUGGUGCUGCGGCCUUUGUCGCCGUGGUCGCUGCUAGCAUCUACGCGCUUCUGUUCGACCAGAAUCUGGUCGAUGGCAAUACUAUCUCUCUCCUGCAGGCGGGUGCAGGUGCCCUGGGAGUUGCAAGCAAACUUCCUCAGAUUAUUGCUAUCUACAACGAGGGCAGUACCGGCCAGCUGAGUGCAUUUGCGGUCUUUAACUAUCUCCUUGGCACUCUAUCUCGCAUAUUCACCACGCUGCAAGAAGUGGAUGACAAGCUCAUCUUGUACAGCAUUCUUGCCGCCUUCGUCCUCAACGCCGUCCUUGCAAUCCAGAUGGUAUACUACUGGAACAGCCCAGCAAAGAAGACAGCUGCUCCAUCACAAAAGAGUAAAAAGGCAGCGGAAAAGGCCCCUGUGGCUGCUAAAAGCUCUGGCGUGUCGCCGAAACCAGCGGGGAAGACACCUUCCACUCGCCGACGAGGCUGA